UUUAGGGUGCCUUUUGAUGAUAUAUUUGCAAGUUUGAUUUGGGAGAUGUACUUUAUAAUGUUGAAUUACAUCAAAGUGCUCUAUUUUUUGGAUUUUUCAGCAUGAAGUUUAUCUUUUUCAUUUUUCAGCUGGAUUUUAUGUUUAAUUCCAAUAUUUUUAUUUGUAAAAUAAUGUUUUAAUCCUAUUUUGAUUUUGGAUAGAGACACUUUUUUCAUGUUAUUUCUUGGUUCUUUCUUUUUUUGACAGAUAUUGAUCAGUUUGCCUGGUCAAUUGAGCUACAGGUAAAUUUUCAGAGUGUCUUCAUUGUUAAAUUAAACAAUUUGAUUUGUUUAGACGUUUAAGCUGCAUAAAAUGGGAAAAGAAAUCCUCUUUGAUGGACAAUGCUUAGCUUUGUGAUAUAGGAAACUGCAGCCUGCAGAAUGAGUCGAUUACAAGGGCCAAAUGCACUUAAGAGGAAACGCCCGGGUGCCACUUCUGAUUCUCUUACAGAGCACGAACGAAUUGUUCAUGAUGUAAUCCAAGGUAAACAAGACAUGGGAAUCUCCCAACGAGACAUGAAACGCGAAAUUAACCUCCCUGACAACCUAGUUACCAAAUGUCUUAAGUCACUUCUAGCCAAGAAUCUCAUAAAAGAAGUCAAAAACAUCCAAAACCGUGGUAGGAAGCAUUUUAUUUCUGCAGAGUUUGAGCCUUCAAAUGAAAUAACUGGUGGGGCAUGGUAUGUAGAAGGGAGCCUGGAUACGGAGUAUAUAAAUGUUUUGAAAGAGCAAUGUUGGAGGAAGAUCUAUGGUUUGAAGGUUGCUACUUUGGAAGGGGUCACGGAUGCUAUUAAGAGGAGUAAUGUUUCGCAAAUUGAGUUGUCAAAACAGCAGAUUGAAGAGAUUGUGAAGGCUUUGGUUUUGGAUAAUGAGGUUAUGGAAGUGAGAAGCAGUGGAACCGGGGAGUUUGCUUCAAUUCCGGUUGGGAAAGUUUGUUAUAAAUGCAUUGGUAAGAGAGGUUAUGGAGGGGAACCAAAGGUAGGAACUAUGGCUUCCAUUCCUUGUGGAGUUUGUCCACAUAUAAGUCAUUGUACACCUGAUGGCAUAAUCUCUCCCAAAACCUGUGUUUACUACAAGAAAUGGUUGGAUUUUUAGUUUGACUGUGUCCUCUUUCAAAUUUUCUGAUAUGAUUUCGCUGAAUUUGAGUGAAAGCCAAAAUUUUGUCAUCCAUGAAUGUUAUUUAUAGUCUGAGUUGAAUAUAUUUUUCAUUGGAGCUA